AUUUAGUUAAAGGCAGACUGUCGACGAGUUUGACCGUCACCUUGCGCGAGUGAUCAAUGUAGCCGUGCGAACAUUGACCCUACAUUACAACAUGGCUCAUCAGAAGCUUUUACUCUUAUUGGUUCUCGCAACUGUGAUAUUGCAGCUUUCUCACAAUGUUGAAGCGAUUAAUAUUCUCGCUAUCGUUUCUGUGCCGUUAAAAAGCCAUUAUAUGGCUUUACAAAUGUUGUUUCGCGAGUUAGCCAUAAGAGGACAUUCAGUCACUGUUAUGAACAAUUAUCCUGAUGUGAAUGCUACACAGAAUUUGAAGUUUAUAGAUCUAGCAGCGAGCCGUGAAAUGGCUCACUUUCCUCCGAUGACUGAAUUUGAAGUUAACGUUCUUUCUCAAAAACUGUCCAAUUUUAUAAAGCAUUUCACUAUGGGUGUUCAGCGUGCGAAAGAUGAUUGUGAAAAUUUAUUAUUGAACGAGAAUGUGAAACAGUUUCGGGCUAAAGGAGAGAAAUUUGAUGUGAUAUUUGUUGAACAGUUUAUGAGUGACUGCGGAUUAAUGCUCGCUGCUAUGUACGACGCACCUAUUAUCGGCAUAACAUCUCACACUUUACUCCCAUGGGCUUACCAGAGACUGGGAAUACCGUUUGAUUUUAGUUCAGAUGCUUAUUACUUCAGUGAUGCGGGUACUAAUCCUAAUAUUUUCUACAAACUGGAAUCUUUCUUAUACAACUUGUAUAUGAAAGCAUACGGAGAGUUUAGCGUUCAUCAAAACAUUUACAAAACUUUUGAUAAGUAUGUACCAAAUAAUCAGUUGGAUAUAGCGAAGAUAGCGAAGGAAAAAAUGAAGAUGAUGUUUGUUUAUCAGCACCAUUCGAUCACAGGGGCUCGUCUGCUAGCACCUAGCCUGCUGGAAAUAGCUGGGAUUCAUAUCCGAAAACCAAAACCGGUGCCAAAAGAUAUAGAAAAGUUUAUAAACAGCGCAACACAUGGUGUGGUGUACGUCAGUUUCGGCUCUAAUUUGAAGGCGAGCACUAUGUCCUCUCAGAAGUUGCAGCACUUUAUGGAUGCCUUUCGGAAGAUCCCACAGAAGGUCCUCUGGAAAAUGGAGAAUAGCUCUCUUACAGCUGGCAAUGACAAUGUGCUAGCUGAUGACUGGUUCCCUCAACUAGACAUUCUAUGUCACUCUAACGUCCUAGCAUUCGUAUCACACGGUGGUAUGCUGAGUUUUUCCGAGGCGGCGCAUUGUGGCAAGCCGCUCAUUACGAUACCCUUCUUCGGAGACCAGUUCUCCAACUCGGCGGCCGCGAGGGAAAGCGGUCUGGGCAUUACCAUGUACUUCCAAGACAUUACUGCUGAUACUUUGUCCGAGGCGAUACGACAGUUAACAUCACCAAAGAUGCAAGAAAAUGCUAAACGUGUAUCAAAACUGUGGCACGAUCGACCUCAAAACGUGAUGGAUAGCGCCAUCUAUUGGACGGAGUAUGUGGCACGACACGGGGACGCGCCGGCUGCUUUGCCUUCCACGAGGAGGACGUGGUUCGAGAGUACGCUACUAGAUGUCUAUAGUGUAUUGUUAGGCGUUUUGUUAGCAAUUUUGUUUGUAGUUUACUUAAUUAUUAGCAAAGUAAUAUUAAUAUUAGCAAGUGUGUUAAAAUUAUUCUCAAAUGGUAAAUCGAAUUGUACAGAUAAUAAAAAGAAUGCGUAGA